AACUUUAAAGCACCCCGAACCCAAACAACGCACAGAACCACACACACACACACACACAUACAUACACACAUACACCGCCACCCAACGUCUCUCCUCUGUCCAACCACUUUCUGUAAUCUACGACAGCUACUUUUGAACAAAAUUAGCAUUCUUUUACACAUUCCCCUAAGGGAAGAACAAUCAUAAUGUCUUAUUACAGCUACAACCAUCAUCAACCAACAGCACCCGCUCCUUCGGUUUCGCACAACCACCACGGCGGUCGAAACCGGAGAGCACCGAGGCUCUCUGUAUCUCAAAAUUCUCAGAAGCAGUUUCGCGGUGUGAGGAGCAUGAAGGAGCUUAGUGAAUCUGUUUCCGUGAAUGCUUUCCGAUCACAAUUUGAGGCAAGCCGCUCUUUCGAUCUCGAGGACGACAUGGAGUUUUGCCCCAAGCUGUUAACGGAGAUUGAUCUGGUGUCGAUAAGCAGCGCUUCUUCCGACCGAUCUUCACUAUCCAGCAACUCGCCUAAUGCUUCACCCACGCAACACCCGCAGCAAGUUGCUACCAGCUUCUCUCUCAACUCUACCUCUCCAGCUUUUAUUCCACCUACUUUCCAAACUCAGCAGUCGAGUCUUAAGUUGCAUGCACCCGCCGCCACCCGGGCGCGCAACGCCAUCCCUAUCAUCAACCCCGCCAAUGGCCUGACCAUGUCCAGCCCGCCGCCGUCCGUUUCGCCUGCCCGAAUGCAGCACAUCGGCAGACGGUGGUAGAUGGCCUAUCGUCUCGCUUCCUCUUUGGAUUCUGAGAUGACUCACCAUCUGACCACUCGUUUGCAGUUGUUCUGAACAUCUUCUACUUUCCGUUUAGAAGACAUUUGCUGCUCCUAUAGCAGCUGUUCAUCUUGGCGGGCACCGGUACGGAUAU